CUCCAGGGCCACGGAAGGUUAAUGCUUUAGCUGUUGGUGCCCGGGACGUGCCAGAUAAUUCCUUUCUGAUUCAAAUGGUUCGUUCUUCAUCGAUAGCAACCCUGGGUCCGGUUGAACCACGUACUUUCCAAGGAAGUUAGCUGGGGUAGCUUAGUGUUGCUGCUGCACAUGACUCGAAGCAUUUGAUCGGGACGUGUUCAUAAUCCGCCCUUCACUGUAGGGCGACCGGAUGGUUCCCAAGACCUCCAAGUUAGCCAAAGAAGGAAAGAAAACAGAAAUACCCACCCACCCCCAGGGUCAUCUGAUCAGUAAUGACUGGGAACAUGGCCACCACUAGGAAUGCUUCACAGCUCUUUUUGGUAUUUUUCUUGUUGCUUUUUUGCCUACCUGUAGUGGAAGCUUUAGAUAUGGGUGAUGCAUUAGCUUUGUUGCUAGGUGUGGCUCUUAGUUGUGUUGGAUUCUGUGCCUGCCUCGGUCUGUAUGCAAGAAGACGACAUGGAGAGCAAUGACUUUUAAGUCCAAAAUGUCCAGCUGAAGUGCAACUGUCCUGAUGGAUGUUGUUGCAGUUAAGGAAGAGUUUCUAGAUGUUCCCCAGCUCAUCAAAUCUUUAUUGCCGUGUACUGCUCAAGAAGAAAGACCAUUCAUAAUGGGAAGACUAUGGAGAAAGCGGCUUCAAGUUCAUAAGAACAUUUUGUAUGUAAUUAAAGUGUUGCCUUAAAAGAGAAUGCUACUGGUUUUCAAUUGCAUAAGAAAAAGCAUCAAUAAAAAUUAUUAACUGAGGUGCAGCAGGAAAUAUAGAGGGAUAAAAGAGAAUACAGUUUUCAUUCAAAUGAAAUAUACAACAUAGGAAACAUAACUAUCAUCAUAAUUAAUUGAGAAAUGAUUUUUUUCUUCUACUGAAAUAUUUCUCUAUUUCAUUUUUCCCCAAAUUAAACCAAAGUAUUUUGUUGUAACGUCAAGUUGCUGUGUACCAUCCAAUGUUUUGUUGUUUUCAUUUGGUUACAAUUUAUGGUACAGUUAAUGUUGAAAAGUUAGUCUCCAUUGCCUCCUUAAAGCAUUGCAGAUAUUCUAAUAUAGUACCAUCAAAUCCAGUACCAUCAAAUAUUUAGUUUAUAACUCCCAAAAUCCCUGACCAUCAGUCAUUUGAUUUAUGAGAAUUGUAAUCUAAAAUAUAGUAGCAAAGUCAUGGAUUGGUGGAAGGGAGAGAUGCCAGAUUUUCCUACUUGUAGAAAUGGGCACAACCAUUCUUGCCCAUGCAGAAUGCAUAGGAAGCCUGACUUUUUUUUUCCUACUAUGCUUUCUGUUCAUUUCAGUAGAACUUGCAGAAAUGUUCCUCAUAGAUUAACUUUUAUGAUUUCUCAGUUCUACAGAAGAAUUGCUGGGAACAAUAUUUAAAUGACCAACCCUUUUCUAUAUAGCAUAUAUCUCCUCACUUGUAUUGUUUGCACAUUUUUAAUACAUUUCUUUCACUAUUUUCAAAGUAUUGAAUAAGGUAAAGGAUUAAUGAGAAUUGAAUAGUGAUUUAUUCUUGUUUUUCCAGUGUAACUAAAUAAACUUUAAUAUGAGGUUAACUUGUUAACCUCCAUGCUCUUUAACAUGUCAUUUGCUGCUUUAAUUCACCCAUGAUUAAAUAUUAGUUAUUGAAAAUAUGCCUAAAUUUAAAAAGAGCAUUGUUGAAACUCAUAUUAAAACAAUUUUAUUAUAAUUCAAGUUUGGUAGUAAGAGAAAGAUAUAUUUUUUUUAGCAUGCAUGUAACACCCAUUAUAAGAGUGUUAUCACAAAUGGUUUAAAAAUAUUGUAAUAUCUGGUAUAACUAUUGCAUACGAUAUACAAAAGAUAUAGCAGAAAUAUACUAUUCUAAUGUGUUUUAAAGGCAUUUUCCCUAUGACCCAUGCACAAUCUAUAUGUACAUCCUAUAUUGGAUUCUGCUGCAGAUAUUUGCCUUCUUAAAUUACAAAAUAUUUUAAAAUUGUCUAAAAAUGUUUGAUGUUAUUUGGAUAACUAGCAGCAAGUAGUAUCUCACAAGGGACUAGAUUCCACCAUGUGAAUCUUUAAAUUAGAAGAGGUUGGGAUACUUCAGAGUGAAAUAUUGGUCUCCAGCCAACUUAAAGCAGAUCCAAAGGUACAUUUAGGACAUUAAGAUUAUAGGCAACUGGCUACCAAAGCCUAAUUUUAAAGUAUUUUUGGCAAUCAGAAAGAAACCAAGACAAGAAAGGUUAGAGCCCAUUGCCAUUGAUUGGUAAAGUGCUGAGGCAUAUGGAGGGUAGUGAGAUAAGAGGCAUACCAUGGAGAAACCACAUACUGGGAAGAAGUAGAGAAUGCGCUUGGGGCAAUCCAGUCAGAUGAGUAAAAGAUUCAAGGAUAUGAUUGGAAACUAUAAGGAACAAUGGGAUGGUUGGAAUUCUACAGAUGAAAUUUGGGAGAGCAUAAUAUGUGAUUGUGUUUGAAGGGGAGGAAAAAAUCAGAAAACGGUGAUUCUAAAGAAAAUUGUGACUGUAAUUACAUUUUUGGCUCUUAAAAAUAUUCCUAGAAAUAGAAGACAGGAAUACUGACUCAAUUGACUGAGUUUGAAGGAGAACAGUUUGCAUAUUGAAGCUAAGUUUCUACUGUACAUGAUUAUAAAAAAGAUAUCAGCAGAUCAUUUGUGGUACUUUGAAAUUCCAAAUAUGCCCACAGGCUUGCAACUUCUAAUUUUACAAUAUUGUUAGCCAAACUAUGAGUAUCUAUGGAUUCUGAUAGGAAUAUGGAAAUUAUCAAAGGAAAUUAUUGAAAAUACUUUCAUAUAACUGAUUUUAAGUUGCGAAAUAUUUCUCCUUUUAGCGACUCUUCUUUGUCAAUAAUAUUUGACCUAUGUUAUCCCCUUUGAAACAAAUGGUAAACAGAUUUUGAAGUUUUCUAAUAUUUGGUAAUAUUAUACAUGGAGUCAUUUGGGGUAAAAUUCACUUGGAAUGUUCCAUAGACAAUAUAUAGAUUAAAAUUAAAGUUACCCCAUUAAAUCAAAUCCGUUCACCCUGUCUUACUGCAUAAUUAUAUUCGUAGUUAUGCUGUAUAUGCUUCAUUGUAGUAAUAAAUAUGCAAGAUUGGCUGUUGGAA